AUAGAGCCGACCAGCCGACGAAAAAUGCAUCUCUCAGUAUAAAAAUUGCCAGCGACUUCACGUUUUCCCAACGCCUUCUUCAGAGUUGGUUCCUACUUAACAGAUUCACACACUUCAUCGUCUCUCCAAAAUCAGAAUGGCAACGCCACCGUCAUUGACGCCGCAGUCGCCUCCGGCUCUUCAGCGGAUGGCGGUUCCCGGCGGGUACGGGUGGCCAGUGGUGGGGCCGCUGUGGGACCGGCUGCAGUACUUCUGGUUCCAGGGGCCGUCCGAUUUCUUCAAGAAGAGAAUCGACAAGUACAGCAGCACGGUUUUCAGGACGAACGUGCCGCCGGCGUUCCCCUUCUUCGUCGGCGUGAACCCGAACGUGGUGGCGGUGCUGGACGUGAAAUCCUUCGGCCACCUGUUCGAGAUGGAGGUGGUGGAGAAAGCGAACUCGCUCGUCGGAGAUUUCAUGCCCAGCGUGAAUUACACCGGCGGGUUGAGGGUUUGUGCGUAUCUUGAUACCUCUGAGCCUAAACAUUCUCAGAUAAAGAACUUCACCUUAGACAUCUUGAAACGGAGCUCCAGGAGUUGGACAUCGACGCUGGUGACUUCCCUCGACAGCAUGUUUGAUUCCUUCGACGCCCAGCUCGAGGGCGGCAGCUCCGCCAGCUAUUUAUUCCCUCUCCAAGACUUCCUCUUCACCUUCCUCAGCCGCGCCCUCCUCAAUGCUGACCCCUCAGCUGUCCCGGAGAUCAAGAAAUCCGGCUACAUAAUGCUCGACAAGUGGCUUGCCUUGCAGCUCCUCCCCACCAUCAGCAUCAAUAUUCUGCAACCGCUUGAGGAGAUCUUCCUCCACUCCUUCUCGUACCCCUUCUGGCUCGUCAAAUCCGACUACCAAAAGCUUGCGAAUUUCGUGAAAACUGAAGCAAAAGAAACAGUGCAACGAGCAGAGACGGAUUUCAAACUCACCGAAGAGGAAGCCGUCCACAACCUCCUCUUCAUACUCGGGUUCAACGCCUUUGGCGGGUUCUUGAUCUUCUUUAUUUCGCUUCUCAGCAGUCUUGGAGAGCAGAAGAGCGUACAUGACGAGCUCAGGAAGGAAGUGAGGGAGAAACUAUCAAAUAAUGUGCUUAGUUUCGAGACGGUGCAACAGAUGGAGUUGGUGUUCUCCUUCGUGUAUGAAACUCUGCGUUUGAACCCACCGGUCCCAUCGCAGUUUGGCAGAGCUCGGAAGGACUUCGAGCUCAGCUCGCAUGAUGCUGUUUUUGAGAUCAAGAAAGGGGAAAUGCUGUGUGGCUACCAGCCACUGGUGAUGAAGGAUCCUAAAAUCUUUGAAAAUCCGGAGGAUUUUGUGUACAACCGAUUUACCAAGGAAAAAGGUGGUGACAAGCUGCUCAAGUACCUGUUCUGGUCGAAUGGACCGCAGAGUGGGACAAACGCGCCGUCGGCCUCCAACAAGCAGUGCCCUGCAAGGGAUGUCGUGCCAAUGACGGCUGCUUUGUUUCUGGCUUACUUGUUUCAGAGAUAUGAUGAGAUUGCUAUUUCUUCUUCCUCCUUCACCACUCUUAAGAAGGCCAAGUGAUGGGAUUUUGAGAUAUAUAUCAAAUCCAUGAAGUCUAAACAUUGUGUGAAGUGUGUGUGAUGAUUAAUGGGUAACAUAAAAAGAAAUUGGCAAGAUUGGAGGUUUUCCGUACGCUUGUCUGGUUUUAUGA